AUGAUACUGUUAUGGUGUAUGGCAAGCAAUCUACCUGCCUCUCUUGGAGCAACAGUGACCAUGAGUUCAGUCUACAGUUCUGAUUUUGUUGCUGCAAAGGCUAUAGAUGGCAAUCCAAAAGAUGUUACUGGACAGACACUUGAUGGUUACGAUUGUGCUGCUACAACAUCCUCUUCGAAUCCUUGGCUUCGAGUCGACUUGCAAAUGGAAUAUCUUGUGUCACGCGUUAGAGCUAUCCUUAUAGAUGAUAAAGGUGAAAAUGUGUAUGUUCAUGUUGGUAACAGCAUAACAAACAAUGGGAAUGACAACCACAAUUGUGGAAAGGCUCCAUAUGACAGCUCUAAUCAUUUGGAUGCAAUAUGGCGAGAUGUUAGCUGCCAUCCACCAGUUUGGGGGAGAUACAUUAAUUUACAGAGAAUAGUGACAAAUCACAUUCUUCAUGUAUGUGAGGUGGCUUUCAACUAUGAGUUGGAGAUUGCUAUUCUGGACAAUAAUACGAAUAUUGUAGGAACAAGCGUGGCAGUUGAUGAGAAUCAAGAUUACUCUAAUCCUAUUGAUUGCGGUGUCAGUCCUGAUGUGACCAACUUUAAUGCACUUAUGCAAUGGAAGCACAACACAACCAAUGAUGUACCAUCUUUAAGUGUACAGACUGCUGGUGUACGUCAGAUGUAUGAGAAAGGUGUUCAGAAGCUUUACAUCAAGUCAGCUAGUGUCUCUGACAGUGGAGUGUAUACAUGUCAAUAUUCUGCAACUAAUGGUUCUAUAGUGUCAAAGUCGUUUACACUGAAUGUCAAUGUGGAUUGCAUUUGGGGUAGUUGGAGUUCAUGUAGUGUUGAAUGUAGAAAUGGCACCAGAACUCGGCAGAUGAGUGGUCAGAAGUGUACGGGACCAUCGACUGAGAUCUGCAUUGUCACGUCUUGUAUGGCAAGCAAUCUAGCUGCCUCUCUUGGAGCAACAGUGACCAUGAGUUCAGUCUUCAGUUCUGAUUUUGUUGCUGCAAAGGCUAUAGAUGGCAAUCCAAAAGAUGUUACUGGACAGACACUUGAUGGUUACGAUUGUGCUGCUACAACAUCUUCUUCGAAUCCUUGGCUUCGAGUCGACUUGCAAAUGGAAUAUCUUGUGUCACGCGUUAGAGCUAUCCUUAUAGAUGAUAAAGGUGAAAAUGUGUAUGUUCAUGUUGGUAACAGCAUAACAAACAAUGGGAAUGACAACCACGAUUGUGGAAAGGCUCCAUAUGACAGCUCUAAUCAUUUGGAUGCAAUAUGGCGAGAUGUUAGCUGCCAUCCACCAGUUUGGGGGAGAUACAUUAAUUUACAGAGAAUAGUCACAAAUCACAUUCUUCAUGUAUGUGAGGUGGCUUUCAACUAUGAGUUGGAGAUUGCUAUUCUGGACAAUAAUACGAAUAUUGUAGGAACAAGCGUGGCAGUUGAUGAGAAUCAAGAUUACUCUAAUCCUAUUGAUUGCGGUGUCAGUCCUGAUGUGACCAACUUUAAUGCACUUAUGCAAUGGAAGCACAACACAACCAAUGAUGUACCAUCUUUAAGUGUACAGACUGCUGGUGUACGUCAGAUGUAUGAGAAAGGUGUUCAGAAGCUUUACAUCAAGUCAGCUAGUGUCUCUGACAGUGGAGUGUAUACAUGUCAAUAUUCUGCAACUAAUGGUUCUAUAGUGUCAAAGUCGUUUACACUGAAUGUCAAUGUAAACUGUGAAUGGAGCUCAUGGUCGGAUUGUACAUCAUCAUGUAGUUUUGGAACUCGUACACGAGCACGUCUUAAGCAACACAAUGGAAUGGACUGUGUGGGGUCGCCAACUGAGAACUGUGACAGCAAACAAGCACCAUGUGUACCAACAAUUGGGCAGUCAACAAACGUUUCUUUUGAUGAGUCUUCAGUGCAAGAGUUGAGUUGCAUAGCUUCACAGUAUUCUGGUCUGAGUGGAGACAUUAAAUUUGGAUGGUACAGAGAAGAGAAUGGAGUUGAUUUAGCUAUUGUAUUAGACUCUCGAGUAGCAAAGUCAUUGAAUAAUGAUGGUGUGGGGAGAUUUACUGGGAAAUUGAAAUUUGCAUCUGUGAAGCGUUCAGAUAGAGGACUAAUCAAGUGCAGGGCAUUUAACAAGUACGGAGCCAGUGAUCUGUCUUCAGCUACAUCAGUUAAUGUCAAAUAUGCUCCUGAAUUUGUUGAAAUUAGACCAUCCUAUCCAGUGGGUGUGAAAGGACAAAGUAUCACUUUAAACUGUUUUGCUGGUGGUAAUCCCUCUCCAGUUUAUGAAUGGAGAGGAGGCAAGAGUGCAAAAACAGGAUCUACUCUGGAAUUAACGUCACUUGAAUUUGAGGACGAAGGAACAUACACAUGUGUUGCUAGUAACACUAUUGAGGCUGGUGCUAGAUCUAGUAAUGCAUCAGUACAGUUGUCAAUUGAAGGUCCUCCACAGAGAUGUGUUGUGUUGUCAGUCGAAAGCUAUAUUGAAUCUGAAGUGAAUGUCACAGUCAACUGUCCCGAAAAUGGAAAUUCAAGUGUAACUGAAUAUCGCAUAGAAUAUCAGUUGGAUAGUGGCACCAGUAACAUGCAGUGGUUACAAAGAGAAUUCAGUGCUUCCGAUUCUCAACCGUUUGUUGUUGUUGGUCUCAGUCCAUUUACAAAGUACAGAUGUAGAGCAACAGCAAGAAACAGACAUGGCUAUGAACCUGGAAGUUUUGCAGCUGUUAAUGUGCUACCUGUGACUACUGCUGAAGGCUAUCCCGGUUCUCCCAAUUCAGUGAGUUUAUCAGGAAAUGCUUCUGCUCGCUGGUUUGUUGUGUCUUGGUUACCUCCCAGUAUACCUAAUGGAGUUCCUCGCUAUUACUUUGUUUACUACAAACCAAUUAGUGUUGGCCAAGUGAGAGAUGUGGAUAGUCAGAAGAGACUGACUGUAACGGACACGUGGGCCAAUUUGACAAUGCUCACUCCAUUUACACAAUACAGUGUUGAAGUGGCAGCAGUGAAUGUUCGGUCUCAUGAUAGUAAGGUGUUGGAAGGACAAAGAAGUACUGCCAUUGUUGUCAACACAACAGAAGAUGCACCAACUCCACCUCUGCAUGUGAGAAAUUCAAGUGUGACAUCAAAUUCAGUUACUCUUCAGUGGGAUUCUCCCAUUAACUCAAACGGCAUCCUUCUCUUUUACACAGUUUACUAUAGCACUGGUGCUUCACAAUAUGACAAGUCUUCUGACAUUUCCAUUAGUCAAAGUGUAUAUGCAUUGAUGAAUCUUAAUCCAUACACAACAUACUUCAUAUACAUGUCAGUGACAAACAAUGCUAACUUCAACCCAGAAAGUUCACCUAGCAACGUUAUUCAAGUGCGAACUCUUUUGUCUCUCCCUCUUAAACCAGAUAAACCAUUAGCUGGUGAAACAAGACCAUCAGCAACAACUAUAACAUUGGUGCCUCCAAGUGUAGACGAUUCAAAUGGUCCAAUAAAGUAUGUUGAUUUUAUUGUGCACGAGGAUGUGACUGGAUCUGAUGGUGAUGAGGCAGCUAAUAUACCGUCUGUUAUUAGACCAUAUGACAAGAGUAGGAUCUGGUAUGUGGCAGCUCGAUAUGAAUAUGAUCACUACAAGAAGAACAUAGGCGGACAUCAGUUUAUAAUUGGAAAUGGUACGGUAGUAUCUGCUGGAGGUACAGAGUACACAAAUGGACCACUGCAGCCAGGACAGUCAUAUCUGGUUUAUAUCCGCGUCAUUGGGAUUGGAGAUAAUAGGGUGCAGGAGUUCUCAUCAGUCAGUAAGGCUAUAAGGUACACAACUGCAUCUUCCGACAAUGAGUCAGAGAAUAAGUCAUCAUCUGGAGAAUCAUCAAAUUCAGUGUUGAUCAUAGCAGUUACUGUUACACUAAGUGUCAUCAUUCUUGUGCUAAUCAUCAUCCUCAUUGUUUUCCUGAGGAAGAAUUACAGGUGUGCUAGAAAAGAGAUAACACUGGAGCCUACAAAAUAUGAUAGCAUUGUUACCAAUUCUAAAGCAACAUCUGGAACAGGUCAAUGUUUGGGGAAAAACAACGAGAUAAUGACAAUUAAUAUGGUAUACACUACUACAGGUGCAGGCAGCAGUGCUGCAUCAUAUGCAUACGAAGAGGUUGGAACCACUGCAGAUCAGAACAACAUAAAAAACGAGGAACCGUUGUAUGAGAGCAUGGAUGGUGAAUCGGCACUUUAAUCUCAAUGUAAUAAUGGAGAGAACUCUCUGGUAAUGACCUGUAGUUUCUAACUAAGGUUUAAAAUGCAUUUGUUAGUAUGUGUACUUUGACUAUAUAUGUUUGGCAUGGCCAUUAAUUGUUGGAUUGUUUGUAGCUAGUUUGUAUGAAGGAUUAGCUAGAAGUGAGAAAACUAUCCUUGUAUUGUUUGGGACUAACUGCUUUUGAGAAGAUAGAGCUGAAUAGAUUGGGAACAAUCUAGGAGUAUUUACAAGAUUUUGAAUUAAUUCAAGCUCAUUAAUAAAAUUUUCAAAGUUUAUAGUA